GGGAAUAAUAGCGAGAUGAACUAUUAUACGAACAAUAGUGACUUUAAUAAUGACAUUAUAUGGGAUUUUGGGCCCGAACUGAAUCAAAGUCACUAUGAUAAUUCUGUACCCAAUAUUAUGGCAACUGCUAUUCAAGAAAAUGGCAUGAAACCGUUAACAAAUUCAUCACUGAAUCAUGUAAAGGAUGUUAAUAAUUUGGACAAUGCCUGUACAGAAGAAAAGGAUCGUAGAUUGUUUGAUGAUCAAUCAUACGUUGAUCAUGCCGAAAAACCUCAUGAAGAGACUCAUGAACAAUCUCAUGAAGAACCCCAUGAAGAGCCAGAACUUGAUAUUGUUAUUAACAAUGUAGUUUGCAGCUUUAGUGUAAGAUGUCAUUUGAAUCUGCGAGAGAUAGCGCUCAAUGGAUCUAAUGUUGAAUAUAGAAGAGAAAAUGGGAUGAUAACGAUGAAAUUAAGACGACCAUAUACUACAGCAUCCAUUUGGUCAUCUGGUAAAGUAACUUGUACUGGUGCAACUAGUGAAGCUCAAGCAAAAAUCGCAGCACGCAGAUUUGCCCGUUCUCUUCAAAAACUUGGAUUCAAAGUGAGAUUCAAUAAUUAUAGGGUGGUCAAUGUAUUAGGCACUUGUUGUAUGCCAUUUGCUAUCAAAAUAACAUCAUUUUCAGUGCAUCACAAAGAAAAUGCUGAUUAUGAGCCAGAGUUACACCCGGGUGUUACAUAUAAGUUAAAAGAACCAAAAGCUACUCUGAAGAUAUUUUCUACAGGAAGUGUCACUGUAACAGCACCUAACGUUGCUUCAGUCCAAGCGGCAAUUGAACAUAUUUAUCCACUAGUCUACGAGUUUCGCAAGGAGCGAACGCCGGAGGACGAGCUUGCGUUCACAUUGAAGAAACGCAAGUUAGGCUUGAACAAAAGAAAACGGGAUGAGUUCCUAGAAGAUGAGCCAGAUUUGUCGUGUGAAAGUAUGAUCUCUGAUGCAGAAGAUGCACUUAACGAAGUAGAAACUGACGGCAGUUGGGACUGA